AUGGAGCCGCAACCACCCCCUUUUUCCCCACCUUCCCCGUCCCCACCCCCGCACCCCACACACCUUCGUCACGCAUGCUGCUCUCCCUCCUCUCAUUGGCAGGAGGCCCUUUCUGACUUCUCCAGCUACCUGACACGUGGCGUGCAGCGACGGGCGGAGCUGCUGGUGGCGUACAAGGUGGAGCAGAAGCUGGACGCGUACAUCCCCGAUGGACUGGGGAGCACAGGGAGGCACAGGGGGGCACAAGGGGGGCACAGGGGGGCACAAGGGGUCAAACGGGGGCAAAAGGGGGCAAAGGGGGGCACAUGGGGUCAAACGGGGUUAAAUUGGGGAAAAGGGGGGCGCAGGGGGUCAAAGGGGGGCAAAAAGGGGCAAAAGGGGACACAGGGGGCAAGAGGGGGUCAAAAGGGGGCAAAAGGGGGCAAAGGGGGGCACAGGGGGUUAAAAGGGGCAGAAGGGGGCAAAGGGGGACACAGGGGGGCAGAGGGGGUCAAAGGGGGGCAACAGGGGGCACAGGGGGUAAAAAAGGGGCAAAAAUGGGCAGGGGGGGGGGCACAAGGGGCCGGAGGGGGUCAAAGGGGGGCAAAAGGGGUCAGAGGGGGGUACAGGGGGGCACAUGGGGACACAGGGGGGCACAGGGGGGCACAGGGGGGGCACAAGGUGGCAAGCGGGGGCAAACGGGGACAAAGAGGAGCCACAUUUUUUCCAUCCCUCCCAGUUCUCGAUCUCUUUCCUCAACUCCCUCUCCACCCGCCGCCACACACCUUACUUUCCCUCCAUGCGCAUCUUCAUUCUCCCUCCAGUCAUACACAGUAA